AUGGGUGUUCCAUUUAGAUUAAAUUUUCGACCAGGAUCAUGUUUUGUUGACAUCUGUUGCACAAAUGAUGGAGGAUGUGCACUAUGGAGAGCCUAUCCUCAGGGUGAAAACAACGUAGGAUUCAGCUACUCAGAGGCUAACAAUCAAUCACUGAAGAGGACUUUCUACCUUGUGAACAAAAAGAACGACUCUGCUAUUGCUUUUGUAGAUGGUGCUUUAGAGUUUGUCAGGAAGCCUGGAAGUCCAAUCAAGUUCAAAGUUUUUAAUGAUAUUACUGCUGCUUAUGGUGCUUCAAAUAUAGCUAGCUAUCCUAGAAUGGCUCCAGAAACUACUCCACACACAGAAGAAGAAAGUACAUCAUGUCAGGGUGGUAAACUUCCUUGUAUUGAUAUUAAAAUUGAAAAAAUUUCUCUGAAUAUUGUUCAUGAACUUUCAGACACAGAGUAUCUGUUCCCUCUCAUUUGCUUGCUCCUCAACAGUACACAACUCAUUAUACAAACUUUAGCAGCAAAAUUCAGGGUCAUAAGUACAUCAAGUGCAGUAGUACAUUAUUUUGAUGCUGAUAGAAACUUAUGGUCAGUUAAAUUCCCAUUUGAGAUCUUCCCUCCUCUGGACGUUUUCUUGAAUGAGAAUUCAUUGGAUGUGCUUCUCUUUGUGAUUGGGAAAUUGAAUCUAUCUGGUCCUUAUUCACUGCGAAACUCCAUCAUUCAAGCUAACUGCUGCAAGGUUCUAGAUCUAGUACAUCAAUGUGUUUUUACCUUUAUAAAGAAACAAGUGGACCUACUUGGUGGUUCAAGAACUUUCCCCGGGCCAAUAAUUGUGGUUAACAUUACUAGAAAUUCAGAGGUCGGUCUGUCGGUUGUGGUUUCACCUUUGAUUAGAAUACAUAAUGGAACUGGAUUUUCAAUGGAACUUCAAUUCCAGCGGCUUGAGCCAAAGGAAGAUGAGUUUGCAUCUUUGUUGUUAAGACCAGGGGAUUCUAUUGAUGAUUCUAUGGCUAUGUUUGAUGCCAUAAACUUCUCUGGGGGAGUAAAGAGGGCUUUAACUUCUUUAAGUGUUGGUAACUUCUUAUUUUCAUUUAGACCCAAAAUAGCAGAAGAACUGAUUAAUUCUGAAAGUUCUCUUUCUCUGGAAUGGUCGGAUUAUAUUAAAGGUGGAAAAGCUGUUCAUAUAUCAGGAAUAUUUAAUAAAUUGAACUGCAGAAUUCGCAGGGCAUUAUUUGAAAAAUCAGUGAAGUGUUCCUUUAGCACAUCACAUUGCACCCUUAAGUCUGAGAGGGUGAGUGUUGCCAAUAUACAUUUUCUCAUUCAAACAGUUGCUAGGGAUAUCCCUGUUGCACCUGAACAGUCUGCCACGGUGUUGAAAAAUGAGAAUCCUACAGUUUCAUUGCUAGAGCAGAAAGAAAUAUAUCUUCUUCCUACUGUACGGAUGACCAAUUUGUUGCAUUCUGAGAUAGAUGUCAUUCUAAGUGAAACAGAUCAGUCAAAUCUGGUUGGACAUGACAAAGUUGGGAAGCAGGCACUUAUAUCAUGCGGUUCAACAAUUGACUUUUAUGCCAAUCUAGAAGUUAUAUACUUCACUGUGACUCUAACUUCUUCUAAUUCAAGUUCCAAGCCAGUAAAUAGUGGCGACUGUAUGAAGUUUCUGAAACAGAACAAUGAUGUCCAUUAUCUGGAUAUAAAUUUGGACUUUGAUGGAGGAAAAUUUUUCGCAACCUUGAGAUUAUACCGUGGAAACAGGGGCGUACUGGAGAAUGAUACAGACUUUCCAAUAUUUGUUCUUGAAACUAAAAGAUCUCCUUUAUCCAGAAUUGAAUUAGAGAAUUUAAAUCUGAGGACUCCUUCAGAGCUAGGAUUAUGUUUGCCACCAAAGUCAACUAGUUCAUGGUUCUUGAAAUCUGAAAAAGUGCUGCUGAAAUUGCUGGAGGACCAUAGAUCCGAGGCUCUGCUUGACUUCGGCUCUUUAUCAGGCCUAGCAGAAAUAAGCUUUGAGAAAGAAGACGGAUCUGGGAUUAAAUCUGUAACAAAACUUGGAAUUUCUAUAGGUCCUUAUUCAAGAGAAAUUGUUGUGCCAUCACAAAUGGUGACUUUGGUUCCACGGUAUGUUAUUUGCAAUGAAUCUGAAGAAUGUAUCACUGUUCGCCAAUGCUAUUUUCAGGAUGAGGUGGCAGGUGUUAUCUCCAUUAGCAGCAAACAGCGAAUGCCACUCCAGCUGAAGGAAGGAUUUAAAAAGAGGAAAGAGUUCAGUGGUUUGUUGGAGCCAGAGGUUCUUGGACCUGCAUGCAGUGUUGAUUAUGUCUGGGAUGAUUUUACCCUUCCUCGAAGAUUGGUUAUCCGCAUCAAUGAUAGCCUUCAAUUACGAGAGAUUAAGUUGGAUAAGGUGCGAGCAUGGAAACCCUUUUGCAAACUUGGGCAACAAAGGGUAUUGUCUCCCCGUUUGCUUUUAGACAAAAUAUCAAGAGAUCAGAUGAUGAGUUUCAGUCACCGUAAUGGCCAUGAAAUGGAAAAAGUAGGGUAUGAAAUAUAUGCAGAUGGACCAACCCGAGUUUUGCGAAUUUGUGAGAUCUCUAAUAGUUUCAAGAGAGAUGCAGUUCUUGAAUUGUGUGCAAAAAUUCAAUUGAGAGUUUCUCAGUUUGCAAUUCACCUACACGAACAUGUAAAACAGGAGGAAGACAACAAUGAGUGCAAAGAUUUUACUCCAAUUGUAAUAGCAAAGCUUGGGAAUCUGCACAUGAUUACUAUUUCUAAUAAUAACCAAACAUAUAACCAAUUCAGUUUACAGAACAUGAAUUUUGAGCUUAAGUGGAAUGGAGCUCCUUUUGCGUCAAUGCUUCGCAGACAUCAUUUAGAUUACAGUGACUCAAAUGAUAGUGUACUAAAGAUUCCAAUUGAUUUGAAUCUUGAUGAGGAGACAUUGAUGAAAAUUGCAUCAUUUUGGAGAGCUUCUCUUAAUGACUCUGAGAGUCAGCGAUUUUACUUUGAUAAUUUUGAAAUCCAUCCGAUAAAGAUCAUUGCGAGCUUUAUCCCUGGGGAUUCACGUUCAAGUUACAACUCAACGCAGGAGGCUCUGAGAUCCUUAAUUCAUAGUGUGAUUAAGGUGCCUCCCAUAAAAAAUAUGAUAGUAGAAUUGAAUGGGGUCCUAAUUACCCAUGCUCUGAUAACAAUACGUGAAUUAUUUAUUAAAUGUGCACAACAUUAUUCAUGGUAUACAAUGAGGGCCAUAUAUAUUGCUAAAGGAAGCCCUUUGCUUCCCCCAGAUUUUGUUUCUAUUUUCGAUGACUUGGCUUCAUCAUCUCUUGAUGUAUUCUUUGAUCCAUCUCGUGGAUUGGCAAAUCUUCCAGGACUCACCUUAGGUACUUUUAAAAUUAUAAGUAAAUGUAUCAAAGGUAAAGGUUUUUCAGGGACAAAACGGUACUUUGGUGAUUUAGGGAAAACUUUGAGGUCAGCAGGCUCCAAUGUAGCUUUUGCAGCUGUAGCUGAAAUAUCAGACUCUGUUCUCAGAGGUGCAGAGGCAAACGGUUUCAAUGGAUUGAUGAGCGGCUUUCACCAAGGAAUUCUAAAAUUGGCUAUGGAGCCAUCAGUUCUGGGAACUGCAUUGAUGGAAGGUGGUCCGGAUAGAAAAAUAUUGCUUGAUCGAAGUCCAGGAGUUGACGAGUUAUACAUUGAAGGAUAUAUCCAAGCCAUGCUGGAUACAGUUUAUAGACAAGAAUACCUUAGAGUCAGAGUUAUUGACAAUCAGGUUAUCCUGAAAAACCUACCUCCAAAUCAUUCUCUUAUUAAUGAGAUAACAGAUCGUGUUAAGGAGUUCCUUGUAAGCAAGGCAUUACUUAAAGGAGAUCCCUCAACCAGAUCCCGCUCUUUAAGCCGUCUUCGUGGAGAAAGUGAAUGGAAAAUAGGACCGACAGUCUUGACAUUGUGCGAGCAUCUUUUUGUGAGCUUUGCAAUACGCAUACUGCGAAGGCGGGCCAACAAGUUUAUAUUCAGCAUAAACUGGGGAAAGCAGUCCAAGGUUGGGUGUCAUGCAGAUGUGUCCGCGAACUCUAAUAAAGAAGUGCAGAAAGUGAGUUUCAUUCGAAAAUGGGGCAUUGGCAAAUUUGUCUUUUCUGCCUUGUUGGCUUAUAUUGAUGGACGUCUAUGUCGUGGCAUUCCCAAUCCUGUAGCACGGAGGGUAGUUAGUGAGUGA